AUGUCGAGACACCCCACCCGAUCAAUAGCGAGCGCCGGCAGCGAAUCCAUUAGGAGUAUACAACGAUCCUCUCCCCGGGAAGACCGUUCCGCCUCGAAUUCGACAUCUUGCAUAGGAGAUGAUGACACCGCACUACCGUCAAUGGAAUUUCACUCUCAUUCCCAGUCUUCUAUUACCCAUCGCCGAACGGGGAGUACCUUGAAAACAGUCAUGCGCAAGAUCUUCAACCGCAAAAGGCAAAGUCAAGCCGAUGGAUUGGAAGAGAACCCAUACGAAUCUACUUUUGUCACGCCGAGGAAACCAGGACCUACGAAAGGAAGGUCAAUGUUGUCUGUUCCGCCUCCUCUGAAUUUGAGUUCACACCGGGGUAGUCCACUCUCGGCGCAGAACCUCCAACUCGCAGAAACACAUCUGUCCCCGUUAUCUCCUCUAUCCUCGGCAACCUUGCGUGAUUCAAUGCCCGGUAGCAUGCAGCCACGUCGAAGACGUGCAACUCUUCCUAGCGUGGUAUUUUCAGAUGAUGAAUCUCGGUUUGCCGUCGCAUCAACGGCAAUAUCUGAUCCGCAAGAGGAUAGAAGCUAUGUGCCAGAGCGAAGACACAGCUUGCUCUCUCACCGGCUAUCAAUGAGCGCAGAUGCCUUGCGCGAAAUGACAGAUGCACUGCCAGAGACCCUUCCCUCUUGGCCACAACGCACAUCAUCCGCCCCUGUGCCAGUCUCAGUUUCCCGCUCGCAGUCCCCACCGGUAGAUGAAAGUUCUAUUAGCGGGCAGUCGAGGAGACCAUCAUCGGGAACAACAGUAACCAGUGUGACUCCAAUGUCUGCCACACCGUCUUUGAUGGAAGUCGACGAACACGCAGAACAAGCCAGCCUCGCGCCGAACGUUGCAAGCCUAGUCAACACAAUGCAGCAAGAUGAUAACGUCACCCUCGAACAGCGGUUGACCACGCUAGAAGUGAAAUUAAUCGAUCUGGAAUUCGCCAUCGCCCGGCUGCAAACCAACGGCCCCGAAAAUCCAUCGGAAAAGCCGCGCCCGCGACAUUCCCCUUCAACAGACUCCUUCUUGCGUAACAAACCCACCGCAUUCUUAUCUACAAGCGACCGCGACGACUCUCCAAGCCCCCUCCCAACCAUCUCCACCCGCCCCUCCAGUACAACCACAAUCCGCCAAGACUCAAUGACCCGCACCCUCCGCCCCGCCCCCUCAGCAUCAUCCCUGUCAGACUAUCACGGCGUCUCAAUCGAGCAAUACAGCACUCUAGUCACGCUCCUGCGCCGCGAACAAACCGCCCGCAGAAACUUAGAGACACAAGUCGGCGGUCUACGCGAUGACAUCCGCGAUCUGCAGCGCGCAGCUCUCGAGUCCAUGCAGUCAAACAUGGGCAUGAUGCAGCCCGCACAGACAGAGUCACGGCAAUUCUUGCGCUUUCGUCGCGCUCUAGACGAUGAUACUUCCCCUAGGUCAGAUGAUAAGCCCGGUAUUACAGACACAGACUCCGAUUGGGAUCGAUCGGAUAUCUAUUCCCGUGACGAUCCCUUCGGUCCUCCGAAGUGGGAACGUCAACGGGUUACAACCGUUCCUAUGAUUUGA